ACCAUCAAAAAGCCCGUGUCAAGCUCUAUAAGUGACAAUAACGUCAUAACUGAGUCUGCAAAUAUGGCCGCUAGAGAGCGUCAUGUGUCACUCGUGCACUACCUCGAUCGUCAUAACAUUGGGUAUCAAUUUCGACACAUCUCAGUUACUCAAGAGCUUUAUUGGAGUGAGGAUGUAUGCUGCUGCGUGAACACUGGCAUAUUUUGUACUAUGUCAUCAUUGUAACUAAUGUGAGUAUUCCCUUACUAUGUUUAUUUUUUCAUGUACAAUGUAUUAAUUUGAGUUGAGACAGUAUUCAUGCAAACCUUUAAUGAGGCUAUAUGAAACUAUUCCAAGAUAUGACAGUCUUCAAGCAAACUACUACUAACAUCUAAGUAUUUACUCAAGUUAUGUCACUAUUACAACCCACUAAAACCUACAUAGCUUUCAAGGAAAUUAGUUGAUUUCAAUAUAUGACUCUAUUGAAGCAAACAAUAUGAUUCUUAACCAUUUUUUACAUAUUUUAUUUAGAAUUAGGUCGCUCUUCCCACAGAACAAGAGUGUCAUAUCAAUUUAAGCAAGAUUUAUGUCACUUUGUUAUUUUUUCUUCAAUGCCAAUGAACUGAAAAAUGCACUUAUUUCUUAUUUCUUCUUUGCAGAAAAUAUGAGUAGCAGAGGUAAGAAGCUCGUGAACUUGGCGUUGCAGUCCAAAAAGAACAUGAAUGGGUUAAAGCCUCCCCAAGUUGAUGACAAUAACUCCAAAACAUCAACCACUCCCAGUGCAUCACCAUAUGAAGUUCUGGAAACAAAUUGCUAUGAAGAUUCCAGUACUGGCACUCGGCAAGAGCUUCAGCCAAAACCAUCAACUUCGUCAAAAGCCGAUCAUCAAGUAUUAAACUCAUCCUCAAGUAAUUCGUCCUCAACAUCAAGUUCAUCUUCAGAGUCAAGUGAUACUUUAUGUAGUGACGUCGAUACAGAUGAUUCAGUUUCUGAUAAGGAUUACGUGCCUGAUAAAGAGGAUGAAACAGAUGAGACUGAAGAUGAAUCACUACCAAGAAAUCAGUCACUUUGUCCAGAUAAAUCAAAAGCAAGCCAGGAAAGCGUGUCUAUUUUGGUAAGUCCGGCGAAGAAAGGCAUCAAACGAAAGAGGCGUCCUGAAACAUGGAAGAGAAACAAACAAAAACAGCUGCGAAAUGCGGGAAAAGCCUACACCAUGCAUACCAAAAAAAAAACAAUGAGGACAGAAAGAAGAAUGAAACCACCUUGUGGUGAAAAAUGUAGGCUUAAUUGUUCAUCGAAAAUCGAUGAAGAAGCUAGAAUGGAGAUCUUCAACUCUUAUUGGGACUUGGGUGAAUUAUCCCUACAGCGCCAAUUUCUAGCCAAUUCAAUAACAGCCAUUGAACCGACCUAUAGAUACGUUCGCAUAGGUGGAAGUCGUCAGCCAAGAGCCUUGAACAGCGCAUUUCAUCUCCAUGUGAAUGGUGAGAAAGUUCGAGUAUGCAAGCUGUUUUUUAAGAACACCUUGGAUAUAAAUGACAGACCCAUACGCACUGUUCUAGAAAAACAGAAAAAAAUUGCUGGAACACUAUUGGAACCUGACCUCAGAGGAAAACAUGACAAUCAUGCUACUGUUAGUCAAGAAAUUCGAGAUGGAAUAAAGCAGCAUAUAGACUCCAUACCAAAAAUUGAAAGCCACUACACUCGAGCCAAUACUUCCAAGAUGUUCAUUGAUGGCAGCAAGUCAAUUGCUGACAUACACAAGGAUUAUGUAGCAAAAUGCAAAGAAGAACAGAAGCAGUUUGGAAAUUAUACACUCUUCUACAGAAUAUUCACAGAGGAGUAUAAUAUUUCCUUCUACACUCCCAAAAAGGAUCAAUGCGAUGUUUGCACCGCUUUUGAAAACGCCACUGAAACUGAGAAAGAUGAUAUGAAGGAAAGUUAUGAUUUGCACCAUCGAGAAAAGGAAUUAUCAAGAACAGAAAAAGCACGAGAUAAGGAGAAGAAAAACUGUGCUGUUGCAGUAUAUGAUUUACAAGCUGUUAUGCAGCUACCUAAAGGAGAGGUUUCAGUAUUUUACUAUAAAUCCAAAUUAAAUGUACUUAAUUUUACCAUAUACAACCUGAUAUCUAAUGCAUGCAAUUGCUAUAUUUGGAAUGAAUCCAAUGGCCAUAGAGGAGUAAAUGAGCUUGGUACUUGUGUUCUGAAGUACUUAAAGGAUACUUGUGAUUCUGGUUGCACUGAUUUUAUUUUUUAUUCUGAUAACUGUUCAGGACAGCAGAAAAACAAGUUUAUGCUUGCUCUAUAUCUGUAUGCUGUAACAAACUUGGAUAUACAUUCCAUUACUCACAAGUACCUGAUCAAAGGGCAUACUCAAAAUGAGGGAGAUUCGGCGCAUUCGCUGAUCGAGAGGCAAGUUAAAAGGCUUCUUAAAAGUGGACCGAUGUAUGUCCCUGAAACUUUUGUAACAGCUGUUCGUGCAGCUAAAAAAAAGGGUGAUCCUUUCGUUGUCCAGGAACUCUGCUAUGAAGAUUUCAAGAACAUAAAAUCAUUAGUCAAUGAGAUUGGUCCCAUGAACCUGAAAGAGUUGAAACUCUCUGAUGCAAAAGUUCUGAGAGUAACCAAAUCUUCACCAAGAUCUGUCUUCUAUAAGAAUUCGUACGCAGAUGAUUUUCAAGAAACCACGGUUCUCAAAGCUAAGAACUACCCAAGGACAGUUAGUCUGCUACCUGCAUUUAGUGUCAAGCCUGGGCUUCCUAAGAACAAGAAGGAUGAUCUCAUUGGAUUGUGCAAGAAAAACCUUAUUCCAAACCAAUACAAGUUGUUUUAUGAGAGCCUUUAAUUAUUAUUACUGCUCUGUAGAUGUUCACUUAUUUUUGGAAAGUAUAUUGUAAGGAAAUUGUAAGGAAACAAUCUAUGUAUCUCCUAAGUAGAACUUACUACUUAGAUUUUUAUUUAUAUGAUGCAAACAUUGGCUGAAAUUUAUUUUUUCAUUUUUUGUUCUUCAGUAAUUAGAAUCUUUGAGGAGAAUAACCUUAUUCCAAACAAAUACAAGUUGUUUUAUGAGAGCCUUUAAUUAUUAUUACUGCUCUGUAGAUGUUCACUUAUUUUUGGAAAGUAUAUUGUAAGGAAAUUGUAAGGAAACAAUCUAUGUAUCUCCUAAGUAGAACUUACUACUUAAAUUUUUAUUUAUAUGAUGCAAACAUUGGCUGAAAUUUAUUUUUUCAUUUUUUGUUCUUCAGUUAUUAGAAUCUUUGAGGAGAAUAAACUGUAUAAAAUCACCUGUUUAUCUUUUAUUUUCAUAAUCUAAUAUAACAAUGCAUGAUAUUUUUUACCAAAAAAAAGUCAAGUGACAAAAAAUGAAAUUUUCUGUGUAACUCAGUAUUUGGAGCUUCACUUCAGCAAUAUUAUCUUUAUGAUAUACAGAUAAUUUGAGCCAGACAAUACCUUUU